GAAUCCAGUGACAGGAUGUCUGACUUUGAGAGCCCGCCCCUUAUAACUGAAGAUGACCUUCUCCUUUUUAAAGAUCCCACAAACACUCUUUCCCUUGGAGACGACGCUGUACUUUCCGCCGCUGGGUCUGUGGCUGAUAGCCUGGAAAAGAUGAAGGCAAUUUACACAUCCUUCCUAAAUAAUUCCUACUGGUCUACUCUUAACCUGAAUCUGAGCCAACCGUCGGUAGAGAAACCUCCUCGAAGUCACAGCAACAGUAGUAGCAGCAGCAGCAACAGUAGCUGUGGAAGCGGAGGCUAUGACUGGCACCAGACUGCUAUUGCCAAGACGUUCCAGCAAGCCUCACAGAACCACCAUAACCGACUAGCCAUGGCUCGGCAUCCCGUUGUAGCUGUGUCAACGCCAUCUACAGAACCCAGCCUCUUUAGCACCGUACAGCUGUACCGCCAGAGCUCUAAGUUGUACGGUUCCAUAUUCACUGGUGCUAGUAAAUUCCGCUGCAAGGACUGCAGCGCUGCAUACGACACGCUAGUGGACCUAACGGUGCACAUGAACGAGACUGGUCACUACAGAGAUGAUAACCACGAGACAGACAGGGAGAACACAAAGCGGUGGUCAAAACCGAGGAAGCGCUCCUUGCUGGAGAUGGAAGGGAAGGAGGAUGCACAGAAAGUUCUGAAGUGCAUGUACUGUGGACACUCAUUUGAAUCCCUUCAGGACUUAAGUGUCCACAUGAUCAAGACCAAACACUACCAAAAAGUGCCUCUGAAAGAGCCUGUGACGCCAGUGGCAGCCAAGAUUUUCUCCUCAGCUCGAAAAAGAACCCCUAUCGAAUUGGACAUACCCAGCUCACCGGACUCAAAUGGCGAAGCCACACCUAAGCCAACCUCCCUUGCUGAGUCUGACAUGCUCCAGAAGGCCAACAACCCAUACAUUACAGCCAACAACCGCUACGGACAUCAGAAUGGCGCCAGCUACUCCUGGCAGUUCGAGUCCAGGAAGUCACAAAUCCUCAAAUGCAUGGAGUGUGGCAGCUCUCAUGAUACACUGCAAGAUCUGACCGCCCACAUGAUGGUGACCGGACACUUCAUCAAAGUCACCAACUCUGCUAUCAAAAAGGGCAAACCCAUUAUAGAGGCUGCCAGUCUAGUGCCAAUAUCUAACUCCACAGCAGAGGAGAAGUUUCAGUCAGUUCCUCUGGCUGCUACAACGUUCUCUCCACCACCUGCCUCGGUACAUCCUCCAACCAGUAUUCCACCCACCGCCAUGGCAGUGGAGAUAAAAACAGAAGACAAGGAAGAGGAAUGCACUAAAGAAGUUAUCGUCAACAACAGUAAUCAUGUGAGCUGGGACAAAAUGUCAGGAGAUGAAGAUGAGCCUGAGGAGAAGUUUGACAUUUCUUCAAAAUACACAUAUCUGACUGAGGAAGACCUGGAUGAUAGUCCCAAAGGAGGUCUAGACAUCCUCAAGUCGUUAGAGAACACGGUGACUUCAGCCAUCAGCAAAGCCCAGAAGGGAGCGCCGAGCUGGGGGGGAUAUCCCAGCAUACACGCUGCCUAUCAGCUCCCCAAUAUAAUGAAGUUGUCCCUCGGUAACUCUGGGAAAAAUUUCCCUUUGAAAUUCACGUUCCCGGGAGCAGAAAUUAUCUCUGCCGCCGCCAAGAGCCAGUCAUUGAUUUCGCCACCGAUCCGCCAAAAGUCUCUUCUGUCCAAAAACAACUUCCAUGCCAUGGAGGAGCUAGUCAAGAAAGUGACAGAGAAAGUGGCAAAAGUAGAAGAGAAAAUGAGGGAGCCUAGGGAUGUUCUGAGGUCAUCUCCUAUGAGAACCACACCCUCACCCUGCAGCAGUGAGGCAGGAGACACCAGGGGCGAGUCUCCCAGAGACAAUAAAGCAGAAAGCUGUAAAAUCCCUGGCAGUUUGUUUAGACCCAUUACUGAUGAUGUCUAUGGAACAAAUCACCAAGAAACAAAUGAGGAUAGUAGCAUGACAGAAUUCAUGGAGAAUGGUGUCGAAUCGACAGCAACCUCACCGCAGCCAGGGUCAAUAUGCGGCAGCACUGCCGUCAUAACCGACCAUCUGCCUCCAGAGCAGCCAUUCAUCAACCCUCUGAGCGCGCUGAAGUCAGUCAUGAAUGCACAUCUGGGGAAGGCGGCCAAGCCCGCUCUACCCUCUCUCGACCCGAUGAGCAUGUUGUUCAAGAUGAGCAACAAUUUAGCGGAGAAGGCAGCGGUGACAGCCUCCACCCCACCUGCGCAGAUCAAAAAGUCCAGCAGCGACCACCUGGACUGCUACUUCUACCAGCAGCACCCCAGCAACGACCAACCAAUAGAUCUUACCAAAGGCAAGCAUGCUGACAAAAAUGGCAGUUCUACCAUCUCGGUGUCCCCCUCCUCUGCAGUCACCAUGUCCAAAGCUUCAGCUGCUGUCGCUUCAUUCAUGUCCACGUCCCCCCUGAGAGAAAACGCCCUGUCAGACAUUUCCGACAUGCUGAGGAACCUGACAGAGAGCCAGGUGGUCUCCAAGGCUUCCACGCCCACUAGCUUGUCCGAGCGCUCCGACAUUGAAGGUGCUACUCAGGAGGAGGGGGAGGAGAGCUCCCCUGCUCAGAAGCGCAAAGGCCGCCAAUCCAAUUGGAAUCCUCAGCAUCUCCUCAUCCUGCAAGCCCAGUUUGCCUCCAGCCUGAGACAAACAACUGAUAGCAAGUAUGUGAUGGCAGACCUCAGCCCACAAGAGAGGAUGCACAUCUCCCGCUUCACUGGACUCUCUAUGACCACAAUAUCCCACUGGUUGGCCAAUGUCAAGUACCAGCUGAGAAGAACCGGUGGCACCAAGUUCUUAAAGAACUUAGAUUCAGGUCAUCCGGUGUUCUUCUGCAGCGACUGUGCCUCGCAGAUCCGCUCACCGUCCACCUACGUCAGCCACUUGGAGUCCCACCUUGGCUUCCGACUGAGAGACCUUCCCAAGAUGUCUGGGGAGCAGCUGCUUUGUCAGAUUAGCCACCAGCACCAGCGCCACAUCAAAGGACUCUCUGAAAAACUGCUGUCCAGCCUCCAUCCUUCCAGCCACCCGCUUCCCUCCUCUUUCCAGUGCAAACUUUGCAACCGGACUUUUGCCAGCAAGCAUGCUGUUAAGCUCCACCUGAGCAAGACUCACGGGAAGUCCCCAGAGGACCACCUCAUGUACGUGUGCGAGCUGGACAAGCAGUAGCAAAGGAUUACCGGCUUUAACGGAACGUUACUCGUUCUGAACAGACCAGAAGAGCAACAGAACCACACACAGCAACGGUUUGUGGCCGUGGGGAAAGUUUGAGCCUGAGAUAUGAGAUAUAAAGCUUGUAUUUUGUGUAAAUGACAGUUUUGCUAUACUGUACCUCCUAAAUCCACAUCGCCAGAAUGUGAGAACAUGCAUGCAGGCUCCUGUUCAAUUCCCUUCCCCACAAAGAAUACAAAUCAAGGACACACUGAACAAAAAAAACUUACAUUUGAAAGAAACAAAUAUUUUACAAAUGUUUCAAGAACAAAUCAUUUUCAUGAGUAAAUAAGAAAACACGACUAUUUUACUUUUUUGAGAAAUUAUACUAAAGCGUAAACUUUUAAGUGUAAGUUCCUGGUCGUAAUAUUACAACGUUAUUGUGGUAAAAUUGUUGUACUGUGACAACUGUCCUAUGUUUAGGAUUGACGUCCAUAUUUAGCGUGGCCAUAAGACUUGAAUUGAUUUUGUUCAAGCUGCUGAAUGUCAUGAACUUCUAAGUUCUUCUCUGACAAAACAACAACAACAACAGUCAAUCACUCAAAAGUAUUUUAGUCAAUUCAGCAACAAUCCUGGAAGCACAUGAGGUCGUUCCACUCUUACUAAACUACACCAUGAUGGUUGAACAAUUCAGCUUUGGAAACAUUGCCUGAAUGAAAGAACACACACUUUGUGUCAUAAGAUUCACUUUGAGUGUGCGCUGACUUGAAAGGUCAACAUUACCUCAUUUUAAUAUACAAAAGCCAAAAGCAGUGAAGUUGUGUAAAUGGUCAAUAAAAAGAGAAUACAACAAAUCUUUUUCAACUUAUAUUCAAUUGAAUAGACUGCAAAGACAAGAUAUUUCAUGUUCACACUGACAAACUUUCUUAUUGUUUGCAAAUAUUAGCUCAUUUGGAAUUUGAUGCCUGCAACAUGUUUCAAAAAAGCUGGCAAAAGUGGCAAAAAAGGGACAGCACGGUGGCCCAGGGCUUUGUACAUGUGCCUCACAAUACGAAGGUCCUGGGUUCGAUCCUUGGCUCGGGAUCUUUCUGUGUGGAGUUUGCAUGUUCUCCCCGUGACGCAGUGGGUUGCUCCCACCUCCAAACACCUGCACCUGGAGAUAGGCUCCACCCACCUCCUAAGACAUGCACCUGGGGAUAGGCCCCUCCCACCUCCAAAAAGAUGCACCUGGGGAUUGGUUGAUUGGCGACACUAAAUUGGCCCUAGUGAAUGAAUGUGAGUGUUCAUGUUGUCUGUCUAUCUGUGUUGGCCCUGUGAUGAGGUGCCCACUUGUCCAGGGUGUACUCCGCCUUCUGCCCAUGUGCAGCUGGGAUAGGCUCCAGCACCCCCCGUGACCCCAAAAGGGACAUGUGGUAGAAAAUGGAUGGAAGUGGCAAAAAAGAGUGAGAAAGUUGAGGAAUGCUCAUCAAAGACUUAUUUGGAACAUCCCACAGGUGAACAGGCUAAUUGGGAACAGGUGGGUGCCAUGAUUGGCUAUAAAAGUAGCUUCCAUGAAAUGCUCAGUCAUUCACAAACAAGGACGGGGCGAGGGUCACCACUUUGUCAACAACAACAUUUCUCAAGCAGCUAUUGCAAGGAAUUUAGGGAUUUAACCAUCUAUGCUCCGUAAUAUCAUCAAAAGGUUGAGAGAAUCUGGAGAGUGGCCGUGCCAGCAACCUGAGGGUUCCUGGUUCGAUUCCCACCUUCUACCAACUUCGUCAUGUUCAUUGUGUUCUUGAGCAAGACACGUCACCCUUGCUCCUGAUGGGUUGCGGUUAGGGCCUUGCAUGGCAGCUCCCACCAUCAGAAGGUACAUACAGGUUUUGGAGCAACAUAUGUUGCCAUCGUUAUCAUGGACGCCCCUGCUUAUUUCAGCAAGACAAUGCCAAGCCACAUGGCUUCAUAGUAAAAGAGUGCGGGUACUAGACUGGCCUGCCUGUAGUGCAGACAUUGAAAAUGUGUGAAGGCUAAAAUAUGAGAAGGGAGACUGUUGAACAACUUAAGCUGUACAUCAAGCAAGAAUGGGAAAGAAUUCCACUUCAAAAAUGUGUCUCCUCAGUUCCCAAACCUUUACUGAGUGUUGUUAAAAGGAAAGGCCAUGUAACACACUGGUAAAAAUGCCUUUUUUGCAAUGCGAUGCUGCCAUUAAAUUCAAAGUUCAUGAUUAUUUGCAAAAAAUAACAAAGUUUGUCAGUGUGAACAUGAAAUAUCUUGUCUUUGCAGUCUAUUCAAUUGAAUAUAAGUUGUAUUCUCUUUUUAUUUACCAUUUACACAACCUGAUCACUUCACUGCUUUUGUACUUUGUGCAUUUCAUCUAAUAUUUCACAAUCUUUUCACGCCACCAAGUCAGCUGCUUCUGCUCGGACAAAACGUUUACGUGGCAGAUUGUUCUGGAAGGAAUGCUGCUUGUGAUGGUCUCACCAUUUUAUGACAAUAUCGUGUUAGUGCGGACACAAGAAAUCCUCCAGCAAAAACAAGAACACCUUGAAGCAAAUCUUCAAAUGAACGAUGUUACAUUCCUGUUCAAGUCCUCCUCUUUCAAACACUGCCCUUCUACUUCAUACCUGUUGGCUGAUAUGGUUGAACCAAGAAGUUGGACCUGUGUCAGCGUGGCACACAGCAGCUUGAAACAUGAAAUGCCAAAUAUUGAUUACAUAUUGAUACCUAUGAAGGUUCUCAUUCAUCAGGUCCUUGUCUUCUAAGGGCCUUCCAUCAUCACAACUGGACUGUUUGAUUUGUACUAGAAGACCUUUAUUCUCUCAUCCUAGUAGACUUCAUCAGUUCAUGAUCUUAGACUUAGA